UCUCUCUCGCGCUGAGAUGCUUACGGAUAUGGACGUACCUAGCCUUGAUGUUAAGCUACAGUAGAUUUUCUCCGUCACCAUGGCUCCCCGGCCGGUUCUUCUUCCCCAUGGCCUCGUCCUAUCCCUCGUGCUGCUGCUCUGUUUCUCCCCGGAUUGCGCUGCUCGGAGAGUCUCGGUGUCGGUGUACUACGAGACGUUGUGCCCGUUCUGCUCCGGGUUCGUUGUGAACGACCUCGCCAGGAUCUUCCAGAACGGCCUCUCCUCCAUUGUUGACCUCCGCCUUGUCCCUUUCGGUAAUGGGCGCGUCUCCCCUGACGGAUCCAUGACCUGCCAGCAUGGGCAGGAUGAAUGCCGACUGAACGCCAUAGAAGCUUGCGUGAUCAGACUAUGGCCUCAAGCGGAACAGCAUUUCCCUUUCAUACAUUGCAUUGAGCAUUUGGCUCUGACUCAGAAAUGGGGCGCCUGGCAAUCUUGCUUUCACGAAUCUGGCCUGGUCUCUCAACCUGUUAUAGACUGCUAUAACUCGGGAUACGGCAGGAAGCUUGAACUCCAGUAUGCUGCAGAGACGCAUGCUCUUCAGCCUCCUCACCAGUUUGUACCUUGGGUGGUCGUGAACGGGAGACCCCUUGCUGAUGAUUACACGAAUUUUGAAGCCUACGUUUGCAACACAUAUGACGGCGAACUUCCAGAGGCAUGCAGAGGGAAGCACCUGGCAAUUGCUCAACGCACGAGAGCAAACAAAGGAGACAAGAGGAAUCCACGAGAGCUGGUUAUUGUUGUACUUGCCAUUUGUGUUGCACUAUGGUUCUGAAGCGCCAGUGCGUCAAGAUGAAGUCAUACUUUUCAGAGGCGGAUCAAGCCAGUAAACUACUUCUAACAAAUAGCAGUAAUAGUGUAACACCAUACAAAAACAGGAAAUUGUACAUGUCCUUAUAGUUAUCUUUUUUUUCCUUUUUGCUUCACGGCAAAAAUGUUCUCCUCUCUAUCUUUCACAACAUGAAGACAUAGGGGGGCUAAGCAAGAACAUUCUUGGAGACUGUUGAAUGAGUCGAAUACAUGAUAAAUUUAAAGUUUGUUUGUUUCUCGACUAAA